AACAUGGCAGUAUUUUGGGGGAGAUCCACAUGGGAAUAUUGGACAUUGGAGAAUAAAUGAAUAAUAGUUGUGUGCUGGGAAGUGGAAGUGAGUGAGAUACUUACUUUACAAACAUAGUUAAAUAAGUGUUCAAAGUGAUGGUUAUACUCAUCCUCAAUUUGAUCACUUUUAAGCUAUCCUGGCAGAUGAGUUCAGUUUGUUAGUAUGAACUAUGAUUGACUCUGGCAUUGACAUUAACACUCACUUUUACCGAAUUGAUUGUAUCUGUAAUUUGAUUUUGGAGAAGGUGUUGUUUAUAAUAGAAGUUCUGUUACUUGCCAUAUACAGAGUCCUCCUCCCCUCUGAUCCCUUCUAUUGUUAUUUAUCCGUGUUCAAUGCUACAAUUUUUCAUUAGGUUAUCGUCUUCAUAAAUUAUUAGCCUCAGAUGUCAGAGCUAAUAUAAUAUAUGAAGGAUAUGGCAUCUGAGCAUACCUGUUUAAACAUCUGCAAACCAAUUGGGUUGUUAUUACUGACAGAAGAAUGUCAGAAGGAACCAGUCUGGUGUUGGAGUCAUCUGAAAAUGGCACAGAUUUGUCUCAGGAUGACAUUGGGACCAUUGAGGAAACACCAGAGGAAACAAUUUUGUCAAGACAAACUUCUGUCAACCUCGUCCCUUUUAUUGGUCAGAGAUUUGUUUCUCAGGAAGCAGCCUAUGAAUUUUAUUGCAGUUUUGCUAAACAAUGUGGCUUUUCAAUUAGACGGCACCGAACUCGGGGGAAAGAUGGGGUUGGCCGGGGAGUUACAAGGAGGGAUUUUACUUGCCAUCGUGGUGGAUAUCCCCAGAUUAAACCUUCUGAUGAUGGGAAGGCGCAAAGGAACCGGAAAUCAUCACGCUGUGGUUGCCAAGCAUACAUGCGCAUUGUGAAAAGAGCAGAUUUUGAUGUCUCUGAAUGGCGUGUUACUGGUUUUAGGAACAUUCACAAUCAUGAGUUGUUAAAGUCCAAUGAGGUGCGACUUCUUCCAGCAUAUUGUCCUAUAUCUCCUGAUGACAAGAGUCGUAUAUGCAUGUUUGCUAAAGCUGGAAUGUCAGUAAGGCAAAUGCUAAGAUUGAUGGAGCUAGAGAAAGGUGUCAAACUUGGUUGUCUUCCUUUUACAGAGAUAGAUGUAAGAAACCUGUUGCAAUCUUUCAGAAAUGUGGAUAGAGAUAAUGAUGCUAUUGAUUUGAUUGCUAUGUGCAAGAGGUUAAAGGAUGAAAACCAAAACUUCAAGUAUGAAUUCAAGAUAGAUAGUAAUAACAGGCUUGAGCAUAUCGCAUGGUCCUACAGCUCCUCCAUUCAAUCAUAUGAGGCAUUUGGAGAUGCUGUGGUUUUUGACACAACCUACCGAGUAGAUGCCUAUGACAUGCUGUUGGGAAUUUGGCUUGGUGUGGACAAUAAUGGAAUGACUUGUUUCUUUAGUUGUGCACUUCUACGGGAUGAAAAUAUGCAGUCUUUUUCAUGGGCUCUAAAGGCUUUCUUGAGCUUCAUGAAAGGAAAGGCUCCACAAACAAUAUUAACAGACCAUAACAUGUGGCUGAAAGAGACCAUUGCUGUUGAAUUGCCUGAAACUAAGCAUGCCUUUUGUAUAUGGCAUAUUCUUUCUAAGUUCUCUGUUUGGUUUUCUUUACUUCUUGGAUCACAAUAUGAUGAGUGGAAAUCUCAGUUCCAUCGCCUCUACAAUUUGGAAUUGGUAGAGGAUUUUGAAGAAGGCUGGAGGCAAAUGGUUGAUAAAUAUGGACUCCACGCAAAUAAACAUAUUAUUAGCCUAUAUUCGUUAAGGACAUUUUGGGCUUUACCAUUCUUGAGGCGUUACUUCUUUGCAGGAUUGACCAGUACAUGUCAGUCUGAGUCCAUUAAUGUUUUCAUCCAACGGUUCUUGAGUGCACAGUCUCAACUAGAACGUUUUGUGGAUCAAGUGGCAGAUAUUGUUGAUUUUAAUGACCGAGCUGGGGCAAAACAAAAGAUGCAAAGGAAACUUCAGAAAGUGUGUCUAAAAACAGGUUCUCCUAUUGAAUCCCAUGCUGCCACUGUACUUACUCCUUAUGCCUUAAGUAAACUCCAGGAAGAGCUAGUUUUGGCACCACAAUUCGCUUCUUUUCUGGUUGAUGAAGGCUGUUUCCAGGUCAGACACCACUCCCAGUCAGAUGGAGGGUGCAAAGUGUUUUGGGUUCCUUGUCAAGAGCACAUCAGCUGCAGCUGCCAUCUGUUUGAGUUUUUAGGCAUCUUAUGUAGACACGUGCUACGUGUCAUGUCUACUAAUAACUGUUUUCACAUCCCUGAUCAAUAUUUACCAGAUCGUUGGCGAGGCAAUAGUUCAUCUUCUGUUAAUCACUUUCGGGGUGCAACUAGUAGGGAUCCGCCUGAAAGGAUGCAAUUUUUGGAAUCCAUGGUUUCAACUUUUUUAGUGGAAUCCAUUGAAACUGAGGAACGGCUGGAUGUUGCUUGCGACCAAAUUUCCAUGGUGCUAUCACGCAUCAAAACCCUUCCUAGGUCCACACAUGGGGUGAAUGACAUAACAUAUAGUUAUCCAUCAGAUUCACUGAUAUUGCCAGAGGUAGAAGAUACUGAUGGAAUGAUUCAUGGCUUUACAAUCACAAAUCCCCAUGAUUCUAUCACUGCAGGAAACCUAAAGGAGAGAAGGGUGAGAGAUGGAGUCGAUCUCACUAGGAAGCGUAGGCAAUUCUCAGCGCCGUUGUGUGCUCAAUAUGGCCAUGAUGCAUCUGAUUGCUCAAUAAUGGCGGGUGACAAUAUGAGUGGAGAUGCAUUAGGGUACUCGUAGAGUGAGUGGAGGUAGUACUCUUGUACAAAGUAAAUGCAUUUUUUCUUGGGGAUACAUAAAUGCAUUUUUUAUUUCAGAUGCAUGUUGUAAUGCACAUAUUUUAUAUUUUCUUCACUCCUUUCCUCCAAUUCAGCGAUACACAUGUUGCCGCCCGCUCUUUACACGAGCAAAAGGUUUCCGUCUUAUUUACACCAUGUAUGAGUAUUGAGAAUUUUGAUUUACCCAAAUACAUAAAUAUUUUUGCUUUUA